ACAAAUCAAUAUUUUCUCCUUAAAAUUUAUUUGCAAUUUUGCCAUAUCUGAGGCUCAUAUAUGUUGAAGUACUGGAACAAAAAUUCGAUUUCUAACAAGCAUGAAGUAUGUAAUUUCGUAUGCAAUAAGAUAAACUUAACUUUAUUCAUUCUGCCUUCACACCAGUAAACGAUUGUAGAAUAAUUAUUUGUAAAUAUUUAGUGCCUUAACGUGUAUUGGUCAGCUGUGACCUUCAGAUCGCAUGAAAUCAAAAUGUUUAGAAAGUACUAUUACAAAGCUCAUAAUACAUAUUUGGUAUGCCGUUUACUUUCGGCCAACAUGGAAUACUGGACAACAAACACACAAAAUAACUCCUUUGUUUUCAUUUUUUUUUUUGCAUGUGUGGUUUACGAAUCUUGUUGUGCCAUCUAUUGUCGUCUUUUGCAAAUAUUUCGAUAUAUUCACAUCAUCAGCGCCUUCUAGAACCAAAUCUCGGUCGCAGUACAGGGACAUUCGAGCUACAGAAUGUGUAAUUGUUAGGACUAUAUUGGUGUGCUUGUAAGUGAAAGCACCGUAAACUGUACUAUGGCGUUUAAGGUUGUUUGAAUUAUGUAAUCGAUUUAUUUUGAAACCUCUCCUAUUUUAUCAGAAUAACAAUUAAAUACACGCGAGACACCUACUACACAUGAAUGGCAAAGAGAUCAGUUCUCAUAAUCUGAAUGAAUCAUAAGAGUAUCAUAAAGGGUGUCACUUCUACCUCACUGGUACUGCACCAGCUGCUUUAAUGCCUACUCUAAGGAGGUGUAUGGAGUUCUCAAGUUGGGAUAACAACUGGCUGGAUGGCUGAGGGUUAGGAGUUUGAGUCCUGGUAGGGGCAAGUUUGUUUUCCUCUCCACAGGAUCCAGACCAGCCGCCUAUCCGAUGGGCACCAGGAGCUCUUACCUGCAAAGAUUUCAACGUGUAGAGAGCUUUGUAGAGCUAUUACAGUUGAAUAGGGACCUGCAGCAGUGUAGAGAACUGUACUUUUUGAUGACCAGCAGAGAAGGAAGAGUCACAUAAAUUUUUGUACUAUAUUAAGGGGUUGGUGUAUCACAAAGUUUGAGGACACCUGAAAUACACCAUAGUGAGUCAAAGAGGAUGAUGGGCAGGGCAUGCAAUACACAGAGAAGAGAAUAUGCCAUUAGGAAGGUGCAGGCAAACCAGAUGUAAAAAAUGGAUUCAAUAAAUAUGCAGUUUACUACAGGACAACUUAGCAGUCACAACAUAACAAUGCAAUUUCAAGCCGUCCAUUGGGAAGAUCACUUUAAUCACUUGGUGACAACAUUAAAGGACUUUACAUUAUUAAAUAUAUUAACUGACACUACGCUGGUCACAGGGAAUCUGAAAGUGCCAGUUCAUCGGGUGAUAUUGUCGUGUUACAGUUCCUACCUUAAAGAAUUUCUGACAAAUGAAAUUCUAAAUUGCUAUGUAUUGAUCAGUGACAUUGAAGAAUCUCUUUUACAAUUUCUUAUUAGUUACAUCUAUACAGGUGUAACAUCUGUUCCUGUAUCCAGUUUGAAUGACUGGUACAAAACAACCAGGUUGCUAAGAUUAGACAGCAUAUUGGAAGCUGGAAGAAACCAUUGUUCUGAGGAUGUGACUUAUUUUACAUGGCCUCAGCACCAAGAAAUGAUCCUCCAAUAUCUGUGGCAAUCUCGGUCUAAUCCAACAGAAUGUGAUGUGAUUUUAGUGACAAACAGUUUUUCACAGACUUUUGCACAUUCUUGUAUUUUGGGUGCAUGCAGUAGACAUUUGCUCAACAUUUUCCUCAAGCACAGUGAAAGGAAUAAAAAGAAACCAUAUGUGUUGAUUCUUCAGAAUGUUAAGAGUGAGGAUCUGGAGGCCGUUCUUGAAUUCUGCUACAGAGGAAGUGUUUCUGUGUUUGAAAGGAACAUUAAUUCCAUUUAUGACACAGCUGAACUAUUAGGUAUUCAAAAUCUUUGUAGAAAACUGAUAUCUAUUAAUCCUAUGAUUGAAAAAAUGUCUGAAAUACACAGAAACAGCUCUACUUCAAAUGUUGUCAGUAGGAUAAAGGCUUCUCACUGUUUAUCUCAACAGAAUGUACAUUCUGUGCAACUCCAAAACAUGUUUCAGCACUUUCUGGAUUAUGAAGACUUGGUUGAUAUAACGUUACUCAGAGGCAAACACAGCUUCACAGCUCACAUUGUUGUACUAAGUGCAUUUAGUAUGUACUUCAAAAACCUUACCAGAUGUCUGCAGCAUAAUGUGAAGGAUGCUUUUGUUCUCAUCAAAGACUUACGAACUCAGCAUGUAAGAGCUUUUCUAGAUUAUAUAUACAAAGGAAUGGCAGAGUUUGCGGGGACUACAGAGGUUUUCUGCCAGGUCAUGUCAGAUUGGAUUGAUUUUAGCUUGCUGUCAAUUUCUGAAUCAGAAACAUGUCAAAUUUUAACUAAUGCAACAUCUAUAAUGAAACAGAAGACAGAAUUCAGUGAAUCAGUGGAAGAACAAAACACAUAUUUUUCUGAAAGCAUUCUCCAUCCAAAUAUGGAACAUCAGGAAGAAGUUAUAGAGAGAGAUGAAAAUACACAACAAGAUGACUGCAGCAGAAGUGUACAAACUUCCAGAAACUUUGAGAAUGUCAUUGGCUUAGAAGUUUCUUCUUCUAUAACUACAGGAAGUUUCAAAGAAGUGGGACCAUUUGAAGAGCAUGGAGGUGUGAAGAUACCAACUGAAACACCUGUGGAAGAAGACCAGAACAGCUUGAAAAAUGAGAAUGAAAUUAGUGUUGAGGAUGAUACAGCAGAGGGAAGCAGUAUGCCAGAUGAGGAUGGAGCAACAGAAGAAGCACAUGAUGAGGCAGGAGAAAACAAACCUCAUAAGAGAUGGAGAGAUAGGGAUUCUGUUUUAACAUGUUAUACAUGCAGUGAGAAUUUUGAAUCACGGAAACAGCUGAGGGAGCAUUUAAUCAUUCACCCAAAUGGAAGAGUUAUGAAGUGCAGUUACUGUGGGAAAGGAUUUGAUAGACCAAGUCAGAUGAAACUUCAUGUUCGCAUACAUACUGGUUCUAAACCAUUCUCUUGCAAACAGUGUGGCCGUGCUUUUGCAGCAAAGAGUGCACUUCGGAAGCAUGCUGAUAUUCAUGCCAAGGAUAAAGGCAGGAUGUUUGAAUGUGCUGUAUGUAAUAAGUCAUUUUCAAGAAAGGAAUAUCUAGAGGAACAUAUCAGGACACAUACUGGCAACAAACCUUUUGAGUGUCUGAUAUGCCAUAAGACUUUUGUUGGCCGCACUGGGUUGAAUCACCACAGGAAGACUCAUGCAGAUGCUGAUGAGAAGAAAGACUCCAUGUGUGAAGUGUGUGGGAAGAGCUUCACACGCCAUGCCUUGUGGACGCAUGUCAAGUCACAUGAGAAGACCCACUGCUGCCAUCAUUGCAACAAAUGCUUCUCUACUGCAUCUGCAUUGAGAGUUCAUGUCACAGGCACACAUCUUGGCUGCAGAAGCUAUCAGUGUGAAAUAUGUGGCAAAGGUUUCAUACAAAAGAACCAUCUGAUCCGUCACAUGAAGGUACACAACAAUUCAAAAGAUGUGCGAAGUGCAAAGCCAUUCCUGUGUGGAAAAUGUCCACGGACAUUUAAAACAAAAAGCAGACUUGAAUCGCACACACGGGUGGAACAUAUUGAACCUGGAGAACGACCUUACUCUUGUGAAAUCUGCAACAAACGCUUUGCGGGCCGCAGCACCGUUAUCUACCAUCGGCGUGCGCACACAGGCGAACGUCCGCACUGUUGCUCAACCUGUGGCAAGAAGUUCAUGCGUCCAGAUGCGCUGCGCCAACACAUUACAUCUCAUACUGGUGAGCGUCGACAUCAGUGCUCUGUCUGUAGCAGGAAGUUUGCAACCAGAAGUACACUUAACAAGCACAUCCAGUCACAUAAGGAGACAGAAGAAAAAGAAACAACUUUCAGCUGUAAUGUGUGUCAUAAAGGCUUUCAGUCUGAAACACAACUUUCAUUACAUUCUCCUGUGCACAAUGGCUGUAGACCUCUACGGUGUCAUGUUUGUAGUAAAUCUUUCCGCUACCAGGACAGUCUUACAAAACAUCUAAAUAUUCAUAAUGCUGCACAAGAAGACACUCCAGAUAGUGCGUUAUCAUGUGUAUACUCUUUUCAAGUCUGUGAACAGACUUUUGAACAUGUCACUGAGCUGGGUAGUCAUACAAAGGAAACUGAAAAUCACAGUUAUGCAAGUGGAAACCUCAUUCACAGUCCUGACAGAGAUAUGGUGCCACAGUCUCUCGAGCAAUAUCCCAUUCCCCCUGCAGCUUUAAAUGAUAAUAUCUGUAUAAGAGACUUGAACAAAACUGCUUUAGUUGUUCCCCAUCGGCGUCCCUACAGCAUAACAAUAGAUGGUAACCUAUGCUGCAAUACAGAUGCCCAUGACACAAACAUUUUACCCGAAGUUGGUAACAUUGAUUCAUCCACAGACAUGCCACCCCCACCAGCCUCUCUCCGUUCUUUGUCACAUUCACACCCUGGGUUAGACCUGCAUUCGGCGAUAAGUUUGACAGCUUCACAUAUCCAUGAUCAAGAAACACAUCCACAUAUUGAAAUGGUUGGUAAUCCACCUGCACCAUACACUGAACCACUGUCAAAAUCAUUUCUCUUUAUAGAUAACUGUAGCCAGAUUUCUCAAGAGCACAACAAGCAGAAAAUGAUUCAGGAUUCAGGUAGAAUGUACAGUAAGGUAGAAACUUGAAUCUCUGUUCAGACCAGAUGUGUCAUAUGUUAAUAAUGUAUACUGGCUUCUGCAAGAAAGUGAUACUGUACACAUGUGUCUUAUUAUUUACUUAAAAUAAUAAAUGUUUUGUGAAUUAUAGGAAAUAAGCAGUUUAGAGUUUGGAUAUAUGGAGAUAUGAAGGGUAUAUGCUUACAAGACUGAGAACAAGUGUGGGCAUAGUAAAUACAUGUUUCUGUCCUAUUAAAUUAUAUAUUAUGUCACAUAUUCAAAGUUAAGCUCUGGUUUUACAAUAUGUAUGAAAUCAAACUGGUGUUCCUAAAUUACCAUCUGUUUUUCUUUCUUAUUCAAGUCUCGAACACAACCAGAGUACAGUGUAUAUUUGUAUGUAUUCGUGUCCAGUGACAGUAGAUCAUUAUAAAAGAUUUUAAAAGUGUACCCUUAACUGGCACAUUCUGUAAAAUCAGUUACAGAUGACAUGUUAGCAUCCAUGCUCUACUAACUACUUAGAAGAAAAUAAAGUGUAGAUAAUGUGAGAAAGGGAACAAUGUUCUCUAAUUGCUGAUGUGCCUUCUCUCAGGUAAACUGAAUAACUCAGGCUCUGACAAUCUCUUCCAUUACAAUAAACAAGCAUUUAAUUCACAUGCAGCUGUGCACUGUGGAUACAGACUGGUGACAAGUCAAAACUAGUGGCUUAUACUGAAAGAACAAUCAGUUUUAAGGCUCAACUGUUCCAUUCGGUAUAAAGUAAAUAUAUGCAUAAUUUGUUAAUACAUUCUUCAGAGUCAUAUUUUAAGUAUUUAAAGAAUAAAACAGAUUCUUUUUCAGUGCAGUCUUAGCUCAGUUAA